AUGUCUGAAAAAAAAUUUUUAUAUGUGAAAGGAGAAACAAAAGACUUUGAUACUAAUCACGAGAACAUCCGAGUAGAGAUUGAAGUGUUAAAUGAAGAUAUUGCGAGUGAUUUUCUUGUAGAUAAAAAUGAUAUCCAAUUGACGAAUAGAAAAAGUUAUUUCAUAACUUGGAUAAAUAACUAUGAUUUAUCUGUACUUAUAAUGCUUCUAGGAUUAAUAGAUGAUGAGCCCAAGUCUAGUCAUACCGAAAAUGGGCCAGAUGAUGAGGCACAAUCAUGUAAUGAGGUGCAGAUAAUUAUGAAGAUGACAUAUGUGAUAGAUGAAAUUAUGGUGCCCGUUUUGGCAGAGGCAUUAGAUUAG